UUUAUAUCUGGAGGAGUCAUAUUCUCUCGUCCUUUUGCCGUCUUCGCCCACUUACAAAACCUCUUUCUUCUACAUUGCUGUCCACAAAACCGCCAAAAUGGUCCAUAUCAAGGAAUUUGCGGUCGAACAGUGGAUGGACCAACACGAAACCUGGGCAAAGCACAACCUCGCCGAAACAUGCUGCGCCUCGCUCUCGCUCGAGUCCCUCGCCGCACUGAGCGGCGACUCGCCCGCCACGGCACUGGGCCAAAUGCUCGACACCAGCCAGGCGCAAGUAUACGGCGACAUUCGUGGCUCGCCUGCCCUGCGGUCCCGAAUCGCGGCCCUGUAUGACUCGGAGCGUGGUGGUGUCUCGGCGGACCACGUCCUCGUUGCGAAUGGGGCUAUUCAGUCGAAUUUCCUCGCUCUGUAUACGCAGGUGGGGCCGGGGGAUCAUGUUAUUGUUCAUUAUCCGACGUAUCAGCAGCUGUACUCUGUCCCGGAGUCGUUGGGGGCGGAGGUUAGUUUGUGGAAGGCGAAGGAGGGCGUGCAGGGUGGGUGGGGAGUGGAUGUGGACGAGUUGGAGAGGUUGAUUCGGCCGAACACGACGAUGAUUGUGCUGAAGUGGGUUAUCUUUUCCCCAAGUAUCGAGCCGUGGUAUCCUGUUGAGGAUGGUAUGCUAACACGGAAUAUCCAAAGCAACCCCCAAAACCCCACCGGCGCCGUCCUCACCCACGAAACCUUACAGACAAUCAUCUCCAUCGCCCGCAAACACGACAUGACAAUCCACAGCGACGAAGUCUACAGACCCCUCUUCCACUCCCUUCCCAAUGGAUCCAAGCCACCACCAUCCAUCCUAGAUUUCGACUACGAGAAGACUGUAGCCGUAGGCUCCAUGUCCAAAGCAUACAGUCUUGCGGGUAUCCGGGUCGGCUGGAUCGCUUCGCGGAGCCGCGAGAUUAUCGACAAGUGUGCGUCGGCCCGCGACUACACGACCAUCUCAGUGGGCCGCAUCAAUGAUAAGAUUGCGACGUUUGCCCUUUCCUCGCCGACGGUGGAUAAUCUGCUUGCGCGGAAUAUCGACCUUGCGAGGAAGAAUCUGAUCUUGCUGGGUGAGUUUGUGGCUGAGUUCGCGGACGUUGUCCAGUGGGUGAAGCCGCAGGGCGCGACGACGGCAUUCUUGCGGUUUACGAGAGAAGGCAGGCCGGUUAAUGAUGUCGAGCUGUGUGAGCGGUUGCAGUACAGGGUGGGAGUCAUGUUUGUUCCUGGGAGUGGGUGCUUUGGAGAGGAUGGGGAUUUCAAGGGGUAUGUUCGCGUGGGGUUCGUGCCUGAGCACGAGGUUAUGGUUGAGGGGUUGAAGGCCUUGAGAGAGUUUAUGGUGUCUGAGUAUCGGGAUGUGCCUGUUAUUGUUUGAUUGGGAUAUUGCGUAUACUCGAAUAAGACAAUAGAUGACCAAUCCAAAGGCAAAAAGUCGAUAUCCCAAUGUGAUAUAUCUCAGUUAACAGCAAGUGUAGGUAGGACUUUGCAC